GGUUGCUAUAUCAAGUUCAAUUUAGUCGUCACUCGAGUGCGGUGUAGGACUUUCCAGUGUACGUUUGUUAUAGUACCAUGGAGAAAUUUUGCGAUUUGACUGUGAAAGUGUCCUCGUUGGACGUGCGUUUAGCAGAUCGUUCACAACUCUUUCAAAUUUUAUCGUUUCUCGAAAGGCAUUUGCCAUCUUCUUGUGAGACGCAUUCGCUUGUACUUUCGGCAUUAUUAAAAUCGAAAGCGUCAUACGGGAUUUACUUCCUGCGGAAUCCGAGCCGACUGAAGAAAGAUGAUUAUGCAGCCAUUGUUGGAGUCAAGGGCGAGCACAGACUUGAUUCUUAUAAUCAAACUCAGAAAGUAUGGAUUUUAGGAGGUUGGAGCAUAAGCGAAACUGCUUUGCUUAGAGUUUAUCAGACUAUCGAUAGGAUCGAUUGGAAAUCUGAUAUCGUUUUAGCUUACAACCGAGCCCACCAUCCUCAUCCGGACUUUCUCAGGUUCUUCAGCGAACGCCAACGAAUAAAAGUGCCAUUCCCGUUAUUGGAUCGCUACGCAAUAGACAUAUCUUUGGCCCUCGAUAUGGAAAUCAAUUUACCUGAUGACGUCUAUGUCAAAAGUCUGGAACAAUGCCACGCCCCGCUCGUCUUUGAAACCUGGCCGUAUAAACAUCUUACCACAUUGCAAGACGUGUCUGAAGAGAUCGUUCACUUACCCUCCGCGGGAAUUUUUCUCAAAUCCAAUGAUAAACUUGUGGCCUGGAUAAUGUGCCAUCCACCGAACGGAAUGAGCCGCCUCAUGACGUUGGAGCAAUAUCGGAGAAAAGGAUACGCAAGUAUAGUGACCAAGUAUCUGACGAAACGUGUGGCUCAAUCAGGACAUCUUCCAUACGUCAACAUUGCGAUCGACAACUCAGUUAGUAGCAAAUUCUUCGAAAGUUUAGGUUUCCGCUACUUGGAUGCUGGACACGUAUGGAUCACCUCACCUCACGAUCCUCUUCGAGACAAUGAGAUUGCCGUUUAUAAUAAUUCAGGAUUACUGUAAUUCUUCCAGGAUGAAACUUCACAUGCAAUACCGUUCUUAACAGGUUUUAUUGCUCCUCUAGAUUCCCGUAAAACAAUCUGUACAACAAGUAGAAUUGAAAAUAAACAAACGAAAAUAUGAA